AGUUGCGUUUAACCCCCAUUACUGCCCACUGUCCGAACUGAAUCCCGUAACCCCCUCUUCCAUUCCACCCGUGUGCGUCCGUCUCCGCCCUAUUCGUCUUCAUCUCCGACGACCGCUGCGUGGCCGCCGGCGGCGGAAUCGCUCGUCUGCUCCGAUCAAGUCACGCCUAAUACCAGGUGUUGGGAGCCAUGGUCAGGAAACGGCAUGAUGUUGCUUCGGGCGAAGAAGACAUCAAGCAUGUCGCUGUAAGGAACAGGGCUUCUCCAUUUGGGCUGACCAAACUAUACAAGCAUUUCAAUGUUGCACAAAAGCUUGAUAUCAGGAACAUGGAGUUUACGCCUUUCCUCCAUAUCAACACCACCAAGCUACACAAUAAAGCGAUGGAUUGGCUUGCGAGUUGUUAUGACUCUUCGGCCAGGUGUCUUCUUAUCCUUGCCAAGGGCAGGAUCCCAAUGACCGAAGGAUCUGUCUACAAUGCUUUGGGGUGCCCCCGUGGUGAGUUGCCUGUCCCAUACAGAGUGGACAAGGACAUUGAGGCCCGGCUUGCACCAUAGAUGUUCCCUGGUAUCAAUCUAUCCAAAGCCCCAUUGCACAGCCAGGUGAAUAUAAUGUUGAAGGAUAUGACGGAGUCCGGCGACAGAUUCAAGAGGCUUGCCCUGAUGUACAUCAUGAGCACUAUAUUGGCACCAACCACUAGCACCAGGAUAAGCAAUAGGUGCUAUCCUGUUUUGGAGCGGAAGAAAGUUGAAACUCUCGUGGGUCAGUUUGCGUCAGGCAUGACCUGUCUAUUGGACAAUCUUGUCCAAGGGUGGACUGGUCUGACGCCUCCCGAAAGUGAAGAAAUGGCGCGACGUUUUGGUACGGUCACCGGUGGCGCGCCCACGCGCUCUCGUACUGCUAGGGGUAGGUUCGAGGGUUACAAUUACCCGAGCGACAUUGACGAUGAAGAUGAACAAGUUCAAGACAGUGGCGAGAGUAGCGACAGUGAUGACGACUCACCCUGCAACCCUGGAGGAGGAGAAGGAGAAGGGAAGAAGGAUGGCGACAAUGAAGACGGGGGGAUGGGCAGGGACAAUGCUCAUGAGGGUCAAGGUAGUGGGAAUGACGGCGGCGGGAAUAACUAUGACGGCUCUGGCCGCAACGACAACGAUGAAGCAGCACCAAACGACGAACCUGGUGAUGAAUCCGGUGGCGGAGGAGGCAGGGGUGAAGCCGGUGACAGAGACAAAGGUACCAUGGACGCCGUGCACCGUGAAAUCACCAAAAUUGUGGCUGGGGAACUGAAUUUAAAGAGGAAAAGUAUGAGUGAUAUGCCACCUGAUGCCGAUCUCGAUAAGUGUAAGAAACCGAGAUCUACUAAAAUGGUUCUGACAAAGAGUACUAGACCUGCAAGGAGGUCUCCUCGGUUUUCUCCAACCAAGGGUGGGGCAAGAGAGGAGGAUUCACCCGCCGGCGUCCCUGCUAUUGAAAAGGUCUUAAAGAAGGCAGUUACGAAGCAUAUUGCACCUUCAAAGAGUUCUCCUCGUCUUUGUCGAAACCCAGACGGGGCACAAAACGAUGAUCUGACCAACGCAGUCCGUAUUGCUGUAAAAGUCACUGAAAAGGCACCUGCAAGGAGGUCUCCUCGUGUUUCUCGGAACGGUCCUUCGCGGAAAACGGAUGAGGCAUCUAUUGAUGGUGCAAGCAGCACCGCAUCUCGUAUUCCUGAAUUGGCACCACGUGCUCAUAUUAAGAAGCAAUCAGCAGAUCAAGCACGAGCACAUGCUUCAGUAUGCAGAACCAACAGUAUUUUUGAUAGACUGCGCUCGCAGCUUAGAGCACAAAAGGAGGCAGAUCCAAAUGUUGCUGAUGGGCACACCGUUGAUGAUCCGAAGGUGGCAGAUCCGAAGGCGGCAUAUCACAAGGCGGCAGAUGGGCAUACUGUCGUUGCGGCGAGCGCACCCAUUGGGUCGGCUGUGAGGCAUGUACUGAUUGCGUCGCCAGACCCUGGAGUGGUUACCGCCUCUGGAAGCAGGCCCGUCGACGCGGCGUCGCCUGCUGUUGGGACAGCAUCAAGGCCGGUUGAGAUUGUGUCGCCUGUUGUUGGGUCAGAAGCAAGGCCGGUCAAUAUCGUGUCGCCUGCUGCCCCAUCGGCAAGGCCUGAACCUCUGCCGCUGAAACCAGGUGGUGUAUCCGUCUCGGGUCAAGCCGGUGCACCGGGUGGAGAAUUGAUUGACGAGCUUUCGCCAACUGGACAAGAAGCUAUGGAGGAGUUGGUUGGACUACACACGGGGAUGUUUCCUGCAUCUCUAUUGUUUGAGAACCGUGGUCACCAAGUAGUUGUGCCGAAGACCUCCGGAAGAACAAAAGCUUCUGUUAAAUUGGGGCUUGGACGGAGAAGUGUUGUUGCAAACCGGCAGUCGCCACGCAUUGCUCAACAGCAAAGAUGUGAAGCAUCAGCAGGCACGACCGACAGGCGGGCAACCCCACUUGAUCAUGUGCAUGCCAGCCACCGCCAUCCUUUGGCGUUUACCCCACCCUCAUGUGAUCUUGGCUUUAGUCUGAUACGUCGCCAACCUAGUCCACCUUGGGCGCUUGGCUUGGCUUUAGUCCUUUGGCGUUUACCCCACCCUCAAGUGCGGAGAUGUCGUCCUAUCAGCUGUGUAUUUGUCACCGGAAGAAGUUGAAGCAUUUGAUAUAAUGGACAAACAAGCACGGGAAAGGGAUGCGUCUGCCUCGGGUUAUGCAGAAGCCCCCGACAACCUGGAGACUCCUAUGAAAAAUUCAUCCAUUCAAAAAGCUGUGGACUGCAGUGCCACUCCAGCGACAACAAUUAUACCCAAGAGGAUUGUGCAGCCCUCAAAGUAUAUGCGCGGGCCGUACGUCAAAAUCAAAGCAUCACUGCUGAGAAUGAGUUAUACCAGAAAGUCAAACGGUUUGGCGGAGGCAGGAAGACAUCAAAGACGAAUCUUGCCAUUUUGCAAACAUAGUACCAUUAUUUUUUAAUUUGUUCACAUAGCUCCAUUUUUUCUGGUUAGUCUUGAUCUAUGCAGGACAAUUGUAAUCCAGUGCAAGUCAACAUUUGCUGAGCUUGGUGAGCUUGCGAUGGCUGUUAAGCCUAGGGGGAGGUUGGGGACCAAUCUUGCCGAAGCCGCCAUUGAGUACAUCCAGCGGUUUGAGUGCCCGGAAGACAAAGUAGUGGUCCCGUAUGUUGUUGCUAGGAAGCUAUCUGAGGGGCACACCCGUCACAAUCUGAUAAAUAAAGUGUUCAGUCAGGACCCUGUUUCAAAGCUCACUCGCAAAAAAGUUGUUAUGCUCCCGUUCCUCCAGCUAUGGGGUGAAUCAGAGAAGGAUAAAGAGGGUCAUUGGUACACUGUUUCAGUAAACAGUAACCAAUGGAAGUUUGAGAUUCUCGAUUCCCUCCGCGGCCCUGAUGAUGAGGAGCUGCGACUUCAUUCUGGCGAGAUGGUGCUGAACAUUAAACGAGCAUGGAGAGAGCAUUAUGCCGACGCCAAGAUGCAGAUCCAGGAUUUUACGACUGAGCACAUAUCUGUGCCAAUGCAAGAUAAUAUUGAUGAUUGUGGCUUCUACAUGCUCGAGUUCCUGAAGAAAUGGGAUGGUAGAGUUGUGCCGGCGUUUGGCCCGGAUGAGAUUGUCGAAACCAGGAAGAUUAUCACUCACCGACUGAUUACGAACCAGGAUUUCAAUGAGAAGAAGAAUGCAAAGAAAUUUAUUGAGCAACACUCAAAAUAAGAUAACCGGUCUGUUAUGGGUGAGUAAAGGAGAUGGGGGCGGGCAGGCUGGGUUCUACCUCCCGGCAUCGCUUGUUGCUGUAUCGCAUGGGCUCAACUACCGUCUUUUUGUGCAAACUGGCAAGGCUGCCUUGUAGUGUAUGGAUCUGUAGAGAAAUAACAAUCAUACAUAUAUCAAACUAUGGAAAUCAAAGAAUGUGGCACAACUUUCUAAUAUAUGCCACAUCAAUAUACUAGGCAA